GGCUAUAAAGCGGCCCGGCGGCCCCCGGCGGCGCGCUUGCUCCCCUGGCUCCACGCGCAGCUCCGGGCGGAAGGACUCCGGGCACGAUGGCGUGGGUGUGGGCUCUCGUGCUGCUGGCGGUGCUGGGCAGCGCCGGGGCGGAGCGCGACUGCCGGGUGAGCAGCUUCCGAGUCAAGGAGAACUUCGACAAGGCUCGCUUCGCCGGGACCUGGUACGCCAUGGCCAAGAAGGACCCCGAGGGCCUCUUUCUGCAGGACAACAUCGUCGCCCAGUUCUCCGUGGAUGAGAAUGGCCAGAUGAGCGCCACGGCCAAGGGCCGAGUCCGUCUUUUGAAUAACUGGGACGUGUGCGCAGACAUGGUGGGCACCUUCACAGACACAGAGGACCCUGCUAAGUUCAAGAUGAAGUAUUGGGGCGUAGCGUCCUAUCUCCAGAAAGGAAACGAUGACCACUGGGUCAUUGACACGGACUACGACACCUACGCCGUGCAGUACUCCUGCCGCCUCCUGAACCUGGACGGCACCUGUGCUGACAGCUACUCCUUCGUGUUUUCCCGCGACCCCCACGGCCUUCCCCCGCAAGUGCAGAGGAUCGUGCGGCAGAGGCAGGAGGAGCUCUGCCUGGCCAGACAGUACAGGCUGAUUGUCCACAACGGUUACUGUAACGGCAAAUCAGAACACAAUAUUUUGUAGCAACAUGGAGUUUCAUUCGAGAAGUUCCCGUUAAUUCACGCCACCCUCAACUUGGUCUUUUUUUAGGAGUUUAGCUUGCCCUGCUGUGCUCCCUUCCCCUCCACAAACACAGAACCUCAGCACGCAUAAUAGUAUACAUGGGGAUAAGUGAACCUGCACUCAAAUGACUGUCUUUCCUGGAAUUUUCCAAGGAAUUGUUUAAGGCUUCGGAUUCCAAACUUUGAUUUAUUAAAAUAUAGUCACCCA